AUGAAGAUCACAACUCUAGCCGCGGCCCUCGCGAUUUUCGCGUGCAUCGCGAACUGCACGCUUUCGGACACUGCCGAUACUCUAUUCCACCAGAUCUUUUCCGCUACAUCCGAUUCUCCGGCUGCCACCACUUCGAACGAGACAUAUGCUCCUGGGGCGACGACCGCCCGACUCCAGCAGCGCGAGCGCCUCGCUCGUCGGGCGAAUUGGGAUCUUUCUCCGAUGGCGUCGGACGAGCUGUGGUGCGCAGCCCAGGCAAAGGGUGCCCAGAUGUAUUACAACUUCUGGAAAUCCGAUGCAGCUGCUGGUAGAGCGUACGAUCCUCCGCGCGUGUCGGCGAACAGCGUAUUCAGGGCCGAUAACAUGAACAAUAUGAUGUACUCGACCUGGGGCUGGUCUGAUGGCGACCGCAAAUACAAUGAUGCUGUUUUCAACGACUUCUAUGGUCCCGGUUGGAUUGAUUGCGUACGAUCACGUGGUAUUGGAAUCACCCCGUGGCAAGACAUAUAUGCCUACCACUUCAGCCAUGGAGCCGCCAACGCUCGGGAUGAACAUGGUCAGCCGAUCCUCUUGAACGAACAAUCCUACCAGGCCUAUGGCUACAAUUACCGAGUCACCGGGGCCAGGGCAAAAUUUGGCGUCCAAGACAGGGCUGGAUCUAUGAUGGUCUCCAUCGCCGUAAGUCCUGCGGAGAGCUUCAAGACCCUAUAUGGCCGUGAGGCGCAUCCUAACGAAUUGCCUCAAUUACGGAGCCUUUCGGACCUGCUCUGGGCGGGUUGGCAGCGCGGAAGCAAUCCUUACGUUGGGAAUCCGAACGUCAAAAAUCUCAACUCAAUGUUCAUGAUGUGGAUAAUCAACACGGAUACGCUGAGUAUUAUGAAGCGGGCUCUGCAUGCUCGCGGAAAAGACAAAUACUCCGUGUGGCCUGGUGACGACUUCUCUACUGCGGAGCCGGAAGGACAGGCGCUUCUGGGAUCACCAAAUGGGAAGCCGAUGGGUUACCUUAUCAACCAACGCAAACUGGACAUGGGAGUCAAGCUCAUAUAUAACAUCCGAGUCUUCACAGGGAAUAACGGUGAUCUCCCAAUCAUGAUGUUCUGGCUCCAGAAUAUUCGAGAUGACCAGGUCCAGAACUAG